GGAGCCGCUUCCCUUGGAGAUAUGAGCUUCUUCCUCCGACGUUACUUCUCCGGUAGCUUCCUUGUCUGAUCGGUGCUAGCUGCUAAUGCGAGAUCUCUCAGGCGGACCUUUUUUUUUGGCGAUGCUGCUGUUUUUCCGGUGAGACUUUUCACCUGAGAUGACUUUUUUGCAUUUGUUUUCUAGCCACUCUCAUCGUUUUCUGAUGUCUUCGGUUGCUUUCCUUGAUCUGAGGCCUCCUCCUGCUCCACCACCGGAGUCUUCUUCUCCGCGGACUCCACCAGAACCACCUGACCCCCCUGACCCUCAGAUCUGCCUCUCCUUUAAUGUAUCUCUUACUCAGUCGCCCUCGACGACGAGAAACCCUCUUCUUCCUGCAAAGCCACGCAAUAGUUUUGGAGUGCUGCUUCUCGACGAGUCCCUCUUUGCAAACUGGUUUGGAGAGAUGUUCUCCCAGUUUAACCGGCCAGCUGCCCGUAACUUAUUGGUUUUUGAAAAUAGGAGUAUCACUGAAGCUAACACUUUGUCUAAGGCUCUCUAUGUUGCGAAGCUGACUUGUCAGGCUCCUAAACGUGGCAUACCUACAACUCUACCUCUUAUUGAGGCGGCUCCCCUAUCUUUACCUUGUAUUGAGGUUCUUUCCACCAGCAUUCCUCGUGUGAGGAUAUUACUUGUUUCACGGACGCGGCUUGAAACGCGUUCUCUGGCUCCUGCGACUCAACACCAAAGAGUUAUCCAUCAGGGCUCGUCUUCUCGACUUCAUACACCUUCGGCCUUAGCUGCCGAAGCCCUUGCGAUUAAAUCGGCGCUGACUGCAGCGUUGCGAAUGGAAUUCACCUCCAUCACAGUUUGCUCAGACUCUCAAGUCCUCACAUCUUUGCUCAAUACAGAGACCACAUCGAAUGAGCUUCAGGGGAUACUUCAUGAUAUUACAUCUAAUGUUUCAGCUGAUGCAACAGCCAAAGAGGCUUUGUUUUCUUUGGAUUUCCCUGUUGUAUGA